AUGUAUAAUCAGCUUGAGGUAGUCAGUUCGUUCGACGCGGUUGCGCAGGUAACACUUUCUUAUUCGGAGUCGCCCGAGCGCAAGUCUGCGACCGGUUCGAAUCGUUUCGCGAGUAACACCUUUUCCGUUCGAAAUACGCAACCGGAAGUGACCGGAUAUUACACACUGGUUGUGCUUACAGCACUUAGGAGGAAUAUCAAGAGAACCAUCUAAGGUGAAACCUCAAGAG